CGCCACGCCACAAUUAGAGCCCCGGUGAAGAUGGCGACAGCGGUUCUUAGCGGGCCGUCUGCGGGCUCCGCGGCUGGGGUUCCUGGCGGGACCGGGGGUCUUUCGUCAGUGGGCUCGGUUCCGCGUCUCCGCCUGCUGCUGCUAGAGAGCGUGUCUGGGUUGCUGCAGCCGCGACCGGGGUCCGCCAUUGCUCCUGUGCAUCACCAUGUCCGCUCGGCCUCACAUUUGCCCGGGCUCAUGUGCCUGUUGCGGCUUCAUGGGACGGUGGGCGGGGCCCAGAGCCUUUCAGCUGUUGGGGCGUUAGUGGGUCUCAGUAAUGCACGUCUCGGUUCUAUCAAAACUCGGUUUGAUGGCCUCUGUCUGCUGUCCCUGCUGGUGGCGGAGAGCUCCACAGAGAUGUUCCAGCAGCACUGUGUCUCCUGGCUUCGGAGCAUUCAGCAGGUCUUGCAGUCCCAGGACCCACCUCCCACAAUGGAGUUGGCUGUGGCUGUUCUGAGAGACCUGCUUCGAUAUGCAGCCCAACUUCCUACACUCUUCCGGGACAUCUCCAUGAACCACCUCCCUGGCCUUCUCACCUCCCUACUGGGCCUCAGACCAGAGUGUGAGCUCUCAGCACUGGAGGGAAUGAAGGCGUGUAUGACCUAUUUUCCUCGGGCUUGUGGGUCUCUCAAAGGCAAGCUGGCUGCAUUUUUCCUGUCUCGGGUGGAUUCCUUGAGCCCUCAGCUCCAGCAGUUGGCCUGUGAGUGUUAUUCCCGGGUACCCUCUCUAGGGGCUGGCUUUUCCCAGGGCCUGAAGCACACCGAGAGCUGGGAGCAGGAGCUGCACAGCCUGCUGGCCUCACUCCACAGCCUGCUAGGGGCCCUGUACGAGGGAGCGGAACCGGCUCCUAUGCAGUAUGAAGGCCCUGGAGUGGAGAUGCUGCUUUCCCCCUCAGAAGAGGGUGACGCCCAUGUCCUUCUCCGUCUUUGGCAGAGGUUUUCUGGACUGGCCCGCUGCUUGGGGCUCAUGCUCAGCUCUGAGUUUGCGGCUCCCGUGUCCGUCCCUGUGCAGGAAAUCCUGGAUAUCGUCUGCCGGACCCUGAGCAUCAGUGCCAAGAAUAUUAGCUUACUUGGAGAUGGUCCUCUGAGGUUGCUGCUGCUGCCCUCUAUCCACCUUGAAGCCUUGGACCUGCUCUCUGCACUCAUCCUCGCGUGUGGAGGCCGGCUUUUGCGCUUUGGUGCUCUGAUCAGCCGCCUGCUUCCCCAGGUCCUCAAUGCAUGGAGCAUUGGUAGGGAUGCUCUCUCUCCAGGCCAGGAGAAGCCUUACAGCGCCAUGCGGACCAAGGUGUACGCUAUACUAGAGCUGUGGGUGCAGGUAUGUGGCACCUCAGCAGGAGUGCUUCAGGGAGGAGCCUCAGGAGAGGCCCUGCUCACCCACCUGCUCAGUGACAUCUGCCCCUCAGCUGAUGCCCUUAAACUGCGCAGUCCCCGGGGGAGUCCUGAUGGGAGUUUGCAGAUAGGGAAGCCCAGCGCCCCCAAGAAGCUAAAGCUAGACAUGGGGGAGGCUGUGGCCCCACCCAGCCACCGGAAAGGGGAUAGCAAUGCCAACAGCGAUGUGUGUGCAGCUGCGCUGAGAGGCCUCAGCCAAAGCAUCCUCAUGUGCGGGCCUCUCAUCAAGGAGGAGACUCACAGGAGACUGCAUGAUCUGGUCCUACCCCUGGUCAUGGGUGUCCAACAGGGUGAGGUCCUAGGCAGUUCCCCAUACACCAGCUCUCGCUGCCGCCGUGAACUCUACCGCCUCCUGCUGGCUCUGCUGUUGUCACCUUCUCCUCGCUGCCCACCUCCUCUCGCCUGUGCCCUGCAAGCCCUCUCCCUUGGCCAGAGAGAAGACAACAUUGAGGUCUCCUCUUUCUGCUCAGAGGCCCUGGUGAUCUGUAGUGCUUUGAUCCACCCCCGGGUUCCUCCUCUGCAGUCCAUGGGCCCCACCUGCCCCACCCCUGCCCCAGUUCCCCCUCCUGAGGCCCCAUCUCCAUUCAGGACCCCUCCCUUCCAUCCCCCAGGCCCCAUGCCCUCAGCAGGCCCCGUGCCCUCAGUGGGCCCCAUGCCCUCAUUGGGCCCCAUGCCCUCAGCGGGCCCCAUGCCUUCAGUGGGCUCAAUGCCCUCAGCAGGCCCAAUGCCCCCAGCACGCCCUGGACCUCCAGCCACAACCAACCACUUAGGCCUCUCUGUCCCAGGCCUGGUGUCUGUACCUCCCCGGCUCCUUCCUGGGCCUGAGAACCACCAGGCAGGCUCAAAUGAGGACCCCGUCCUUGCCCCUAGCAGCACUCCUCCACCUACGAUAACCCCAGAUGAAACUUUUGGGGGGAGAGUGCCCAGGCCAGCAUUUGUCCACUAUGAUAAGGAGGAGGCGUCCGAUGUGGAGAUUUCCUUGGAAAGCGACUCUGAUGACAGUGUGGUGAUCGUGCCUGAGGGGCUGCCGCCUCUUCCGCCCCCAACCCCUUCUGGCACCACACCACCCCCUGUAGCCCCAGCUGGACCACCAAUAGCCUCCCCUCCUCUACCAGCCAAGGAAGAGCCUGAAGAGCUUCCUGCCACCCCAGGGCCUCUCCCUCCACCCCCACCUCCUCCUGUUCCGGGCCCUGUGACACUCCCACCACCCCAGUUGGUCCCUGAAGGGACUCCUGGUGGGGGAGGACCCCCAGCCCUGGAAGAAGAUUUGACAGUUAUUAAUAUCAAUAGCAGCGAUGAGGAGGAGGAGGAGGAGGAGGAGGAAGAAGAGGAGGAGGAAGAGGAGGAGGAGGAAGAUUUUGAGGAAGAAGAAGAGGAUGAAGAAGAGUAUUUUGAAGAGGAAGAAGAAGAGGAAGAAGAGUUUGAGGAGGAAUUUGAGGAAGAGGAAGGUGAGCUAGAGGAAGAAGAGGAGGAGGAGGAGGAGGAGGAGGAAGAGUUGGAAGAGGUGGAAGAGUUGGAGUUUGGCCCAGCAGCGGGGGAGGUCGAAGAAGGAGGCCCUCCGCCCCCCAGCCUGCCUCCGGCCCUGCCCCCUGCUGAGUCCCCCAAGGUGCAGCCGGAGCCCGAGCCCGAGCCCGAGCCUGAGCCCCAGCCCGAGCCCGAGCCCGAGCCCGCGCCCGGGCUGCUAUUGGAAGUGGAGGAGCCAGGGGCUGAGGAGGAGCAUGGGGCCGAGACAGCGCCCACACUGGCCCCGGAGGUGCUCCCCUCCCAGGGGGAGUUGGAGAGGGAAGUGGGGAGCCCCCCAGCAGGGUCACCCCCUCAGGAGCUUGUGGAAGAGGAGCCCUGUGCUCCCCCAACCCUUCUGGAAGAGGAGACUGAAGUUGGAGGUGACAAUUUACCACCCCCACCAGAGUCAUCUGCAACAGAAGAAAUGGAGACGGAGACAGAUGCCACAGAUCUCCAGGAAAAGGAGCAGGAUGACACAGCUGCCAUGCUGGCUGACUUCAUCGAUUGUCCUCCUGAUGACGAGAAGCCACCACCGGCCACAGAGCCUGAUUCCUAGCCCUCUCCCGCACCCCACACUCCUCAUUUCCAAUAAAGUUAUGUCCUUGUUUAUCGA